AUUAUGAGUGGGUUUCUGCUAUAAUGAUGGCAGAUUCUACUACUUCUAGCAAUAUUAGCAGCAAAAUCCAAGUCAUGAUAUCAAGAAACUGCCGUAGGAGAAGAUUGGACGCGAAACAAACCAUGGCUCUGCUGCUACUUGUUCAAUCAAUAGGUUUUUUACUUGAUGAAGCAACAACCAAGAAGAUCAGAGGCAUCAAAGAAGUAACAUCCUGUGAAGCAGCAAAACCUGCAAACUCCAGUAAAAGAAUCCAAGAUUGAUCGAUACUUUAAGCAGCAGAAUUUAGAGAAGUACUCUUCAUUAUCACCGUCAUCAAUAUCUUCUUGUUAAGAUAAAGGACAGCUGGUGGCAAUUAAACCGCUUGGAAUUGUAGAGGCUGGCAGCGAUGGAGAGGAAGAUGAAGAUGAGACUGUAACGUGCAAAUCGCAUGGGAUGAUGUCGGUUAUCGGAUGGUGGAGAGUGAUGGAGGAUCGGAUGCGGUCACAAUGGUCCCCAGUGUUGCUAUUGGUGAAUUUGGUAGGUAUGACUUUUUAGCGGUUUAUGAUGGGUAUGGUGGCGCUAGGGUGGCGAACGCUUGUAGCGAUAGGAUCCACCAGCUGGUGGCGAAGGAGGUGGCGAAAGGGGAGAGGAUUGGCUGGGGCAAGGGAUUGGAGUACUGGAAGAAGUUGAUGGGAGCGUGUUUUGAGAAAAUAGAUGAGGAGCUGAUGCUCGACAACGAGAGUGGCGGAGGAGACGUGGAGACAGGGAAGGGAGUAUUGUCAGUUAAGAAUAUGGGUUCGACAGCAGUGGUGGUGAUGGUGGGGAAAGAGGAGAUGGUGGCGGGGCGAGUUGUGGGGGAUUCAAGGGCGGUUAUGUGUCGCAGCGGCGUGGCUGUGCCUUCGGCUCAUGAUCAUAAGCCUGACAGGCCAGAUGAACGAGAGAGAGUGGAAGCAGAAGGCGGACGUGUCAUGAACUGGAAUGGUAGCCGCGUCGUAGGAGUCCUUGCCACUUCAAGGUCAAUAGGCGAUCAAUAUUUGAAGCCAUUUGUGAUAUCUGAACCGGAGGUUACAGCAAGUGAGCGAACGGAUUCAGACGAAUUUAUUGUCAUGGCAACUGAUGGCUUAUGGCAUGCUUUUACAAACGAGGUAGCCUGCGAGGUUGUCAGAAAGCUCUUUGAUGGUCAAAUAAAGCGAAGGAUUCCAGAAGAAUACAACGUAUAAUGGAAGUUCUACUGCAGAGGCAGCGGCAAUGCCAGCUGAAUUGGCAAUGGCUGAUAGCAGCAUCUGUUGAUCGUUUUUAGCUGUGCCAUUUUCUUUUUCAGAGUUUUACUGUUUUAAGAGUUUUUGGAGGGAUGAAAUGUCUUUUAGAACAAAAUUUCAACCGACCGGAUCUGAUCGUGUAGAGGGUUAGGGAUGCAUAUGGAUCCUUCAACUCGGCAUAAGAUGUAGCAAAAUCCGACACAAAAUCCUCAUCUCAUCCGAUCCAUUGCCAUAUAUGAUAUCAAGUCCAAAAUCAAAUAUGCAAAGCCCAGUGGUAAUAAAGUGAAAAGGUUUGCUCUUAGUGUGUGGUCUUCAAGUAGAAGGCAAGAGUGUCCAUAAUGUCAAACCAGAAAUUAUAUUCAUAUGAAAUUUAAACAAAUGUUGCAGAUACAUCACAAUCCAAAAAAAGAAAAAAGAUUCAAAGCUGCUUGAAGUGCAAGGAAAGAAAGCACCCGUAGCAAUAAAUUGUGAAGUCACCUUUUUGACUUCCCAACUCUCACUCUGUAAUUGUCUCUCAGACCUAUCUAUAUAACUAAUGAAGUGAGAGGAGAAAGAGGAUGAGCACCCUUUAUACUUUGUCUCUUCACUCCUUUCAUCCUCCAUCCUUCGACCUUAUUUAACCUUUAUAUGACUAAAACCCUAAGCUGAUACCGAAUCAACAUGUUGAUAAUCCCCAAAAG